UGGCUUGUGCACACAGUGGAAAAAAAAAGGAAAGGUGUGGUCACGGCUGUUGAUGACUCUGAGGUGCAUAUGAGACAGAACAGGAGUGAGACGGAACACGGAAAAACCUGUCUUGGAGAAAUUAAGAUCGCAAGUUUGCCAGACCUCCUUAACGAGCUGUGUGACCAGUUUCACCAUGAAUUUUAAUCAGUUAAACGGUGCCACGUCUGAAAACCGCGGCUUUCAGCUUCAGGAAAAUAGACCACCGCCUUACGCCCCGCAGCAAGAGAUCUAUCCUUCCCUCCCUCAAGCAACUCCAAGCUAUGUUGCCUUCGCUCCCAAACCUGUCAACACCCACCAAACUACAGCAACUGCUGUGCCACAAAAUACUGCAGAAAAGAAAGGAAUAAAGAGGUGUCCAUGGAAACGUAUCCUGUGUGCAUCCAUAUGUGUUGCUCUUGUCCUGGUGGUGCUCACCCUCCUAUUGUGGUACUUCCUCUACUACCAGUGUGCACUGGGGAAGUCAUGCAGAUACAGUGGGAAGUGUCUACGUUCCUCCCAGUGGUGUGAUGGAGUCAGAGACUGUGCCCAUGGAGAGGAUGAGUCCCAGUGCUUUCGUCUUCACGGAAGCAACUUCGUGUUGGAGAGUUUUUCAUCACACAACCAAUCGUGGGUGCCUGUAUGCGGCGACAGAUGGGAUGACAACUAUGGGAAAGCUGUGUGCGAGUUGAUGGGUUACAAGAGGCAGGAUUACGUAACCUACAGUCGAACAAACGCAGGUUCUUUAGCCUCGAGAGGAUUCAUGAAGCUGAAGCCUGAGAGUGAUCACAAAUUGCAAAUACACUUGCAGCUAUUUUACAGUCCAAUUUGCAAAGAGAGUUCUGUCGGCCUCCGCUGUAUGGACUGUGGAGAGAGUGUUGCAUCCCCCAGCAGUCGCAUUGUAGGGGGUACAGAGGCUUCAAAUGGAGUCUGGCCAUGGCAAGUCAGUCUCCAGAUUUCUGGUCACAUUUGCGGAGGCUCUAUUAUCAGCCCGUACUGGAUUGUAUCUGCUGCGCAUUGCUUCCAAAAGUACUCCGUACCAUCAAUGUGGACAGUGUACUCCGGCGACAUAAGCUUGUUUCGAAUGAGUUGGGAUGGCGGCAACAAAAUUGACAAAAUCAUUAGUCAUGAGAAGUACGACUCAGAAACUAACGACAAUGACAUCGCUCUUCUGAAGCUUAAAACACCCUUGACAUUUUCAAGGACGGUAAAGCCAGUGUGCUUGCCAAACGUCGGCAUGCAAUACUCAGAUGGACAUCCAGCUUGGAUUACAGGAUGGGGAGCUUUACAACCAUCUGGCCCAUUACCUGACAGACUCAAUCAGGCCGAGGUGACCAUUUACAGCAGAGAGGACUGUAACAAACAAGCAAUUUUGAAUGGGGCAGUUACUGAAUCGAUGAUUUGUGCUGGCAAACUAAACGGAGGCGUAGAUUCAUGUCAGGGAGACAGUGGAGGGCCCUUGGUGGUCAGAGAGGCAGACUUGUGGUGGCUGGUAGGGGACACUAGCUGGGGGAUUGGAUGUGCUCUGAAGAACAAGCCAGGGGUCUACGGCAAUGUAACCCACUUUCUUGACUGGAUAUAUUGGCAGAUGCAGGUACAGUAGCUGAAUGGAUCAGUCAUGAAGUCUUGAAGAACAGCACAUAAUUGCAGUUAAAUUAGACUGCUGGAAAUCUUUGUUAUAAGUAAAUGAAAAAUCAAAUGGACGGUGCACAGCAAGAAGUAUGAUAAAUAUGCUAAAUAUGAAAUGACUAAGUGUUUUACAUUUCAUGGUAAGGCUCCCUUUUUAAAGUCGUGCAUUGUAGGAACCCAUGAUGACUGUAUUAACUGGCAACAUAAAAAGUUUUAUUUUUUUUUCAAAUAAUGAGACAACACAUUGUGUAAAGUCUGUAAUUAUUAUUUACAUGUGUAUUAAUGAGAGUGUUCAUAUCAUGACUGGCCUAUUCAUGAACAAUUCAUAAAAUAUUUCUCAGGGGACCCCAUUGUGAAGUAGUAACCUGCAAGUAUCCUUAAUGCUGUGGUUGGUGUGAACAAACUUUUACUUUGAUGUGAUUUGAACCAAUGUAAAUAGAUACAGCUAGGAGCUAGGAGUCUGAGUUAGUGAGUAAAAUGGGAAUGUAGGAUUCUGACUGACUGGAUGAGAAGGAAAUGAUCUCAUUCAACCAUCGUUUGGACAUUUCUUUGUUCUCUCAACAGAAUGACUGAUGGGGAUACUGGCGAACAGCAACACAUUGCUUGGCGUACUUAAUUAAUACAAAAGCAUUGCACUUUGGAAUGGAAAUA